GGCUGCGGGGGGCUGGGGAAGCAUCCCGGGAACGGCGGGCGGUGAGCAUUCCGGGAACCAUCUCUGGGCUGUCUGGGGCGGUGGAGCAAGUCUGGAGGCGGGACGUGGGGCGAGUAGGGGAGCCGCCACCUCGAGACGUCUUCCCGCCGCCCCCGGCUCCAGGAGACCCCACGGCCUUCUCUCAGCUCCUUGGCCUACUGCCGUGGCCUUGGUGCCACCCUCCUCUGGUGGUCAGCUCAGGGCCUCCUCUGCCCAUGCAGUCCCCAGCUGCCACUGCUGAGGGCCUCAGUGGCCCCCUCUUUGGGGCCUACGCGUUCCCCACUUUCAAGUUUCAGCCUCGCCAUGAUAGCAUGGACUGGAGACGCAUUAGCACCCUGGAUGUAGACCGCGUGGCCCGGGAGCUGGAUGUGGCCACUCUGCAAGAGAACAUUGCUGGCAUCACCUUCUGCAACUUGGACCGGGAGGUGUGCAGCCGCUGUGGGCAGCCUGUGGACCCGGCACUGCUCAAGGUGCUGCGCCUGGCACAGCUCAUCAUUGAGUACCUGCUGCACUGCCAGGAUUGCCUGAGUGCCAGCAUUGCCCAGCUGGAGGCACGGCUGCAGACCAGCCUGGGCCAGCAGCAGCGUGGUCAGCAGGAGCUGGGCCGCCAGGCCGACGAGCUCAAGGGUGUGCGGGAGGAGAGCCGCCGGCGUCGCAAGAUGAUCAGCACCCUGCAGCAGCUGCUAAUGCAGACAGGCACCCACAGCUACCACACGUGCCACCUGUGUGACAAGACAUUCAUGAAUGCCACCUUUCUCCGGGGCCACAUCCAGCGCAGGCAUGCAGGCGUGGCAGAAAGUGGGAAACAGAAGAAACAGGAACAGCCAGUGGAAGAGGUGUUAGAAGAGCUACGGGCCAAGCUAAAGUGGACCCAAGGGGAGCUGGAAGCCCAGAGGGAGGCGGAGAGGCAGCGGCAGCUCCAGGAAGCAGAGCUCAUUCAUCAGAGGGAAAUAGAAGCUAAGAAAGAAUUUGAUAAAUGGAAAGAACAAGAGUGGACCAAACUUUAUGGGGAAAUAGAUAAACUAAAAAAAUUAUUUUGGGAUGAAUUUAAAAAUGUCGCCAAGCAGAACUCUACACUAGAAGAGAAACUGCGGGCACUGCAGUCCCACGGUGUGAUGGAGUCCAACCUGGGAUCACUGCGAGAUGAGGAGUCAGAGGAGUGGCUCCAGCAGGCACGGAAGCUUCAGGCCCUGAGAGAGAAGACAGAAAUUCAGAAAACGGAGUGGAAAAGAAAAGUGAAGGAACUGCAUGAAGAGCACGUGGCUGAGAAAAGAGAGCUACAGGAGGAGAACCAGAGGCUCCAGGCCUCCCUGUCUCAGGAUCAGAAGGCAGCUGCCCAGUCCCAGUGCCAGAUCAGCGCCCUCCGUGCCCAGCUGCAGGAACAAGCUAGGAUCAUUGCCUCCCAGGAGGAGACGAUCCAGUCCUUGUCUCUCAGGAAGGUGGAAGGGAUCCACGAGGUGCCAAAGGCUGCGGACACAGAGGAGGACUCUCCGGAGGAAGAGAUGGAGGACUCCCAGGAUGAACAGCACAAGGUGCUGGCAGCUCUGAGGCGUAACCCCACUUUGCUGAAGCACUUCAGACCAAUCCUGGAGGACACCCUGGAAGAGAAGCUCGAAAGCAUGGGCAUAAGGAAGGAUGCAAAGGGAAUCUCGAUUCAGACUCUCAGACACCUGGAAUCCCUGCUAAGAGUCCAGCGGGAGCAGAAGGCCCGGAAGUUUUCUGAAUUUCUGAGUCUGAGGGGAAAGCUUGUCAAGGAAGUCACCAGCAGAGCGAAGGAGAGACAGGAGAAUGGCGCUGUGGUGUCCCAGCCAGACGGGCAGCCUUCAGGAUCUGGGGUGGAGUGGGGGCAUUUGUCCAGGGUCACUCGGGAAGUUGGAGGACAGCCGGAGCUGGAGCCUGUUGUCAGCCUGAACUGUCCCUGUGCAGACAUGCUGCCUCCCUUAGCACCUUCAUUCUGCUUGGCUUGCUGCGACCACAGUUGA